ACUUGGCACAACUGGCAGGCUCAACUUCCUUCGACUUAUUGAGUUUGUUAGAUUUAGACUUGUCAGAUUUUAAAGCAAACAUGUCGUCAGAAGAAGAGGUGCUUUCCGGCCCACCUGCCCCCGAGAUCCUCGAGGACCGGAUUUGGGUUGACGGGUGCUGGGACUUCUUCCACCAUGGCCACGCCGGCGCCAUGCUGCAAGCACGGCAGCUAGGAACCGAGCUCUACGUCGGCGUGCACUCGGACGAGUCCAUCCUGGAGAACAAGGGCCCGACAGUCAUGACACUACAAGAACGACUGGCUGCUGUAGAUGCGUGCCGCUGGGUCACCAAGUCCGUGGCGCAUGCCCCCUACGUCACACAGCUGGACUUCAUCAGCCAUUUUGGCUGCAAGUACGUCGUGCACGGCGACGACAUCACGAGCGACAGCAGUGGGGAGGACUGCUAUCGCUUUGUCAAGGCCGCGGGGAGGUUCAAGGUUGUGAAAAGGACGCCCAGCAUCUCGACGACUGACCUCGUGGGGCGAAUGCUGCUGUGCACGAGGACGCAUUUCAUCAAGUCGCUGGAGAAGACCUUGGCGGGCGAGGAGGGCCAUGGCACCGAGGCGGAGAGAAAGGCGGUGGGCGGGGCCAUGUCUGAGCGCAUCGCGCAGUAUGCCACCGAUGAGAGUGGCAAGAUGCCCGGCGCCGAUGUCUGGUUUUGGUCCGCUUCGCAUGCUGCCAAGACACAAGCUACCGAGGAGGAGAAGGGCUCUUUUCAUGCCCACUUGAAGGGCUCGGGCCCGAGGCUCGGCCAGAGAGUCGUCUACGUCGACGGCGGUUUCGACUUGUUUUCUAGUGGUCACAUCGAAUUCCUGCGGCUGGUCGUCGAGAAGGAGGAGGAACUGGCGCGGAAGGAUGGCUGGUAUGAUGAACAGGCCGUCCAGGAACGCAAGGGUAAAGGUGGCGACUAUGGCCCCGUGUUCGUUGUCGUUGGUGUGCACGACGAUGAGGUUAUCAACCACUGGAAGGGUGUCAAUUAUCCGAUCAUGAACAUCUUCGAGCGUGGGCUCUGCGUCCUGCAAUGCCGACAUGUCAACGCCGUCGUAUUCGGUGCUCCUUUCUCUCCAACCAAGGCAUAUCUGACAGGUCUGCCAUGGGGAACUCCCGAUGCUGUCUACCACGGCCCUACUUCAUUCAUGCCAUUAUCGUAUGAUCCUUACACCGCGCCAAAGGAGAUGGGCAUCUUCCAAGAAGUGUCGAGCCAUGCCUUCGAGGAAGUCAAUGCCGGUACUAUCGUGCAGCGUAUCAUGAAGAGCAGAGAUCUAUACGAGGAACGUCAGCGUAAGAAGGGGGUCAAAGCCAGUAUCGAAGCUGCGGCCAGACAGAGGGAGAUGCUGGAAGAGGAGCAAAGGCUCAAGGAGGACGCAAGAGCCUCAUCUGGUUGACGGCGUUCAGUAUAGAUAUGUUUUCCAUUGGCGUAGAGGAGUACGAAGUAAAAAAAGGGGCACCACGGUACCUUCAACAGGCUGAUCAUAUAGUAGAGAUAUCCAUAAUAAGCCGUAGCUAAUCAACUUGCAUUGCAUAGAGA